AUGGCGGCUGGAGACAAGCAGCCCCACGAACUUAACGAGCCCUGGGCGAUAUGGGAGCAGCGCGAGCAGGGAAAGAACAUGUCGUACGGCGACAAGCUGUUCAAGCUGUGCACGUUCCGCACCGUCGAAGAGUUCUGGGGCUACUGGAACAACAUCCCGUCCCCGAGCCAAGUGCUGUUUGAUGGCUUUACCCGCAAGAAAUUCGCAGACCGGACGGUCGAGGGCUUUGCUGUGUUCAAAGACGGUAUUGUACCGGAGUGGGAAGAUCCCGAGAACAAGAACGGGGGCGAGUGGUCCAUCCGAAAAGACGUGGGAGCUCAAGAGCUCGAUGAGUUUUGGGAGAAACUCGUGCUUGGAGCUGUCGGUGAGCUCAUUGAUCCGGGCAACGAAGUCACGGGUGUUCGAGUGAUUCACAAGAACAACAAGAAGGACAAGAAGGACGCGGGCAACAACUACCGCUUUGAGAUCUGGCUGCGAGGCACGAGCCGCUCGAAGGCGGACGAGAUCCGCAACAAGACGCUGGAGGUGGUCAACUCGGGCAGCGCGGGCGCCCAGUGGGUGUCCAAUGAGUUUCUGAAUUUGCUGUCUCCGAGACGCAAGUUGGUGUACGGAUUGUUCGCCUUUGGACCGGGUACAGUGCUGGGGCUAUACCUGUACUCUGUAAAGAAGCGCAUGGAGCGCGAGAACGAGGCCGCGCGUCUCGAACAGGUGGAAAGUGAGCUGAACGUGGUCCACGCGCGACAGCACAAGGACCUCGUGCUUGCUAAUGCUCUUCAGGAGAUGCGCGAUCGGCUUCGACGACUCGAGGAAGAAGCACUGGCGAGUCGACCGAAACGUGCUGCAACAGGGGCAGAGGCGGCACCGAGUGAAGCAAGAAAGGAAAAGACAGAGACCGUGGAAGACGCGCCAGCUGCACGUGAGAGCAAGAUUGACGCAGCGUUGAGCGUGCUAAAGUCCGGCGAGACAGAAGGGAACAACAGGGAGCAGGCGACGACGGUCUUGCCCAGACCGUCAAUGGUUGACUCACAAGAACGCAGAGACAAGCACCAUCGAGAGAUCCUGCAGCAAGACAUUGCGGCGUACAUUGCCCAGCGAAACGAGUAG